ACCGUCCUCCGUCCUCCUCUCCGCAUGCAAGUUAAACACGCUCUGCUCCAGCUCACCUGCCUCUAAAUCCACUACUUUUUUUCUUUUCUUUUUUUUUUUCUCCAAGUACAAUCCUCAUCGGACAACUUCUCUAGAAGGUGCCAAAAGAAGAAAAGCCUCCUGCUUUAUCGGCUCAUUCAAUCACCGCCGCGAGAGGGAUCCUUCGCAUCUGUGUCCGAACAAUCCUUGCUCAGUCUCAACUGGACUUUUUCCCCUCUCGCUCUUUGCCAUCGACCCGCUAAAAGUUUCCUUCGCCGUUCCGCACACGGGUGUCACCGCCGAGCUAUUUAAAAAAAAAAGAAAAAAAAAGAAAGAAAGCAAAGAAAGUGGACGCGGAAAGGGCCAUCAUGAUGAGCAACAACUACGGUGAGGACCAGCUGCCUCCACAGUACUACCAGGCCACGGACUUUGGGGACGAGGAGGACGACGAGAUGCCCGCCACGGAGAAGGACCUGGCCGAGGACGCGCCGUGGAAGAAGAUCCAGCAGAACACCUUCACCAGGUGGUGCAACGAGCACCUGAAGUGCGUCAACAAGACCAUCACCGACCUGCAGAGGGAUUUCAGCGACGGCCUGAAGCUCAUCUCGCUCCUGGAGGUGCUGAGUCAGAAGAAGAUGUACAGGAAGCACCACACCAGGCCCAACUUCCGUCAGAUGAAGCUGGAGAACGUGUCCGUGGCGCUGGAGUUCCUGGACAGGGAGCACAUCAAACUGGUCUCAAUAGACAGUAAAGCCAUUGUGGACGGGAAUCUGAAGCUCAUCCUGGGUCUCAUAUGGACGCUCAUCCUCCACUACUCCAUCUCGAUGCCCAUGUGGGACGACGAGGACGACGAGGAGACCAAGAAGCUGACCCCCAAGCAGCGCCUGCUGGGCUGGAUUCAGAACAAGGUGCCGCAGCUGCCCAUCAACAACUUCAACCGCGACUGGCGAGACGGGAAAGCCCUCGGAGCCCUGGUGGACAACUGCGCCCCGGGUCUGUGUCCCGACUGGGCAGAGUGGGACCCCAAUCAUCCCGUGCAGAAUGCCAGAGAAGCCAUGCAACAGGCCGACGACUGGCUGGGCGUCCCUCAGGUGAUCGCCCCUGAGGAAAUCGUGGACCCAGAUGUGGACGAGCACUCGGUCAUGACGUACCUGUCUCAGUUCCCCAAGGCCAAGUUGAAACCCGGCGCUCCUCUAAAACCCAAGCAGCUUUUCCCAGACAAGGUUAAAGCGUAUGGACCAGGUAUUGAGCCUCAUGGCAACAAAGUCCUGCAGCCCGCCGUGUUCACGGUGGAAACUCUGGAGGCGGGCAGCGGGGAAGUCUUGGUGUUUGUCGAGGAUCCUGAAGGACACAAAGAGGAGGCCAAAGUUAAGCCCAACAAAAAUAAGAAUGGAACCUACACUGUCACCUACCUUCCAAAAGUGGAGGGUGUCCACAAGGUGAAGGUUCUGUUUGCAGGUCAGGACAUCGACAAGAGCCCCUACUCCGUCAAUGUGGCUAAAGCAAUGGGCGACCCAAGCAAAGUGCACGCCCGGGGCCCAGGUUUGGAUGCUACAGGCAACGUGGCCAACAAGCCAACCUACUUUGACAUCUACACAGCUGGCGCUGGUACUGGUGACAUCAGCGUGGUCAUCGUUGAUCCGCCGGGUAAAAAGGACACUGUGGAACUCAUCCUGGAAAAUAAGGGCGACAGUGUUUUCCGUUGUACCUAUCGCCCGGUGCUGGAGGGCCCUCACACCAUCCACGUGCUGUUUGCUGGCCAGGAGAUCCCCAAAAGCCCUUUCAAUGUCAACAUCGCGGAGGCUCCGGCAGUUGCUCCUCCCCCAGGAGGAGCUCCUCUGCAGAUAGCUCCUCAGUCAGUGCGCACCCCUCCUGGAGCGAAGGGUGUCCCUCCCUCAAAACCUGGCCGUCCAACCAUAAACCCCAACGCUUGCAGAGCUACUGGCAGAGGACUCCAGCCUAAAGGCGUGAGAGUGAAAGAGGUGGCAGACUUCAAAGUUUUCACCAAAGGAGCUGGCAGCGGUGCCCUGAACGUCUCUGUCAAAGGACCAACUGGAGCGGAGGAACAAGUGAAAGUGCGAGAUGCCGGGAACGGGGUGUACGAGUGCGAGUAUCACCCACUGAGUCCCGGUAAAUACACAGUGAGCAUCACCUGGGGAGGCCAGCCAAUCGCGCGCAGCCCCUUUGAAGUGGAGGUGGGAGGUGAAGCAGGUUUUCAGAAGGUGAGGGCCUGGGGCCCGGGUCUGAAGACUGGCAUGGUGGGAAAAUCUGCUGAUUUUGUGGUCGAAGCUAUCGGCACUGAAGUUGGAACUCUGGGCUUCUCCAUCGAAGGCCCGUCGCAGGCUAAAAUCGAGUGCGAUGACAAGGGCGACGGCUCCUGUGACGUGCGCUACUGGCCCACCGAGCCUGGCGAUUACGCCGUCCACGUCAUCUGUGACGACGAAGACAUCAAGGACAGCCCCUUCAUGGCUCACAUUCUUCCUGCUGUUAACGAUGUUUUCCCAGAAAAGGUAAAAGCUUAUGGACCAGGCUUGCAGCCAACUGGGGUCAUCGUAAACAAAUCCACCGACUUCACCAUUGAUGCCCGCAUGGCUGGGAAGGGCCACCUGAAGAUCUACGCCCAGGAUGCCGAAGGCUGCACCUUCAAUAUCAAGAUCACAGACAGGGGAGAUAGCACGUUCGUGUGUGCCUACACUCCUGUCAAACCCAUUAAACACACCAUCAUUAUCACCUGGGGGGAGGUCAACGUGCCCAACAGCCCCUUCAGGGUGCUGGUUGGAGAGGGCUGUCAUCCCGACAAAGUCAAGGUCUAUGGGCCCGGAGUGGAGAAGACGGGGCUCAAAGCGAACGAGCCGACGUACUUCACCGUGGACUGCAGCGAGGCCGGCCAAGGAGACAUCAGCAUCGGAAUCAAGUGCGCCCCGGGGGUGGUCGGGCCUGCAGAGGCCGACAUCGAUUUUGAUAUCAUCAAGAAUGACAAUGACACCUUCACUGUCAAAUACACUCCUCCCGGCCCGGGCCGGUACACCAUCAUGGUGCUGUUUGCUGACCAGGAAAUUCCUAUCAGUCCAUUCAAAGUGAAGGUGGACCCCUCCCAUGACGCUGGCAAAGUGAGAGCGGAGGGUCCUGGACUCAACAAGACAGGUGUGGAAGUGGGCAAUCCAACCCACUUCACCGUCUACACAAAGGGAGCUGGGAAAGCCAAACCUGAGGUCCAUUUUGCAGCGUCAGGCCCCGGGGAGGCGGUUCGUGACUUUGAGAUAAUCGAUAACCAUGAUUACUCCUACACUGUGAAGUACACGGCUCUUCUGCAGGGUAACAUGGCUAUUUCCGUGACUCACGGAGGAGAUCCCAUCCCAAAAAGCCCCUUCCACAUCACGGUGGCACCAGCUUUGGAUAUCGGAAAAGUGAAAGUGGAAGGGUUAGAUACCAAAGUGGAGGUUGGGAGGGAUCAGGAGUUCACUGUUAACACGAAGGGAGCCGGUGGCCAGGGCAACGUAGGAGUUAAGAUGACUUCUCCCUCUGGCCGACCAAUCCCCUGCAAGCUGGAGUCAGACAAAGCCAAAAGCACUCACGGUGUGAAGUACAUUCCCCCAGAGGAGGGCCAGUACAAGGUUGAUGUCACCUAUGAUGGGAACCCUGUGCUGGGGAGUCCCUUUGGGGUUGAAGCGGUCAUACCAGCGGAUCCCUCAAAGGUGCGAGCCUUUGGUCCAGGCCUGCAGGGCGGCAUUGUGGGUAAACCAGCUCCCUUCACCAUCGAUACAAAAGGAGCUGGUGCUGGUGGUCUUGGCCUGACAGUCGAGGGUCCCUGUGAGGCGAAGAUUGAGUGCCAAGACAACGGCGAUGGCACGUGCUCAGUGGCGUAUCUUCCCACCGAGGCGGGCGAGUAUGCCAUCAACAUCCUGUAUGCCGAGCGGCACAUCCCCGGUUCUCCUUUCAAAGCAGCUGUCCGCCCGGCCUUCGAUCCCAGCAAGGUGACGGCUAGCGGACCGGGCCUGGAGAAGGCCAAGGCGGGUGAACCAGCCGCCUUCACUGUGGACUGCACCGGAGCAGGCGACGCAGAGCUUACCAUCGAGAUCGUGUCCGAAACUGGCGUUAAGGCCGAAGUGCACAUCCAGAAAACAUCAGAGGGCACCUUCUCCGUCACGUACAUCCCAUCCUUCCAUGGCACUCAUACCAUCACCAUCAAGUACGGCGGGCACGCCAUUCCCUACUUCCCAAAGGUGCUGCAAGUAGAACCGUCUGUGGACACCAGUGGGGUUCAUGUUUAUGGGCCUGGAGUGGAGCCGAGAGGGGUCCUCAGGGAAGUCACAACCCACUUCAUUGUGGAUGCGCGUGCCCUCAGCAAGGCUGGAGGCAACCGCGUGAAGGUUCACGUUGUCAACCCUUCUGGCUCCAACACGGACACCUACAUCACUGACAAGGGAGACGGCACUUACAGAGUGGAGUACACGGCCUUUGAGGACGGUAUGCAUCUGAUUGAGGUCCUGUACGAUGGCGCGCCCGCUCCUAAGAGUCCCUUCAGAGUGUUUGUGGUGGAAGGAUGCGAUCCAACCCGUGUGCGUGCGUUUGGACCGGGUCUGGAGGGAGGAAUAACCAACAGGCCUAACUGUUUCACAGUGGAAACCAGGGGUGCCGGUACAGGAGGCCUGGGUCUGACCAUCGAGGGAGCCUCGGAGGCCAAAAUAUCCUGCAAGGACAACAAAGAUGGCAGCUGCAGCGUUGAGUACGUCCCCUUCACUCCUGGAGACUAUGACGUAAAUAUCAACUAUGGAGGCCAGCCGAUCCCCGGCAGUCCGUUCCGUGUGCCUGUGAAGGACCCGGUAGAUCCGACCAAGGUGAAGUGCUCCGGUCCAGGACUGGGCGCCGGAGUGAGGGCCCACGUUCCUCAGACUUUCACAGUAGACUGUACGCAGGCUGGACAGGCGCCACUGGAUGUCAAACUCUACGGACCCACAGGCACCGUGGAGCCGGUGGGUGUGAAGAAUAACGGCGAUGGCACCCACACAGUUCACUACACCCCGGCGCAGGACGGCCCCUACACUGUAGCUGUUAAAUAUGCAGAUCAGGAAGUCCCGCACAGCCCAUUCAAGGUAAUGUCUCAGCCUGGGCAUGAUGCCAGCAAGGUCCGCGCCAGCGGCCCCGGUCUAGACACCAAAGGAGUGUCUGCCAGCCUGCCUGUUGAGUUUACGAUUGAUGCCCGGGAUGCCGGAGAGGGACUGCUCACUGUGCAGAUUCUGGACCCAGAGGGCAAGCCGAAGAACGCGACCAUCCAGGACAACAGGGACGGGACCUACACCGUGUCCUACGUGCCUGACUCCACGGGUCCUUACACGAUCACCAUCAAGUACGGAGGAGACGAGAUCCCCUACUCGCCGUAUCGAAUCCAGUCGCUUCCCACGGGAGACGCCAGCAAGUGCCGCCUCACGGUUUCAAUUGGCGGACAUGGAGUUUCGAGUCUCCAGAAGCUGCAGACCUCUGAGGACACGGUCAUCACGGUGGAUGCCAAGGCAGCUGGGAAAGGCAAGGUGACCUGCAAGGUGCUGACUCCGCAGGGGAUGGAGCUGGACAUGGACGUGGUGGAGAAUCACGACGGCACCUUUGACAUUUACUACACGGCCCCGGAACCUGGGAAGUAUGUGAUCACCAUCCGCUUUGGGGGGCAGAACAUCCCAAAGAGCCCCUUUCAUGUGGUGGCCUCAAACGAGCCGGUGGUUCCUCGUGACCCCGUGGAUCCUCUCUUUCGUCCUGUUAACUUCCUGGUGCCGUUCACCCCACAGCAAGGAGAGAUCACAGGUGAGGUGCGAAUGCCCUCUGGUAAGACGGCCCGCCCACACAUCACCGACAACAAAGACGGCACAAUCACCAUCAAGUACCAGCCCACGGAGAGGGGCCUGCAUGAGAUGGACAUCAAAUACGAAGGAAAUCACAUUCCAGGAAGCCCGCUGCAGUUCUUUGUGGAUGCUGUGAACAGCGGAGUGGUGACCGCCUAUGGUCCAGGUCUGAGUUACGGCAUGGUCAACAGAGCUGCCACAUUCACCGUGGUCACCAAAAACGCAGGAGAAGGUGGUCUGUCACUGGCGGUGGAGGGUCCCUCUAAAGCCGAGAUCACCUGCAAGGACAACAAAGACGGCACCUGCACCGUGUCCUACCUGCCCACAGCUCCGGGAGACUACAACAUCAUUGUGAAGUUUGACAACAAGCACAUUCCCGGCAGCCCCUUCACCGCUAAGAUCACUGGGGACGACGCCAUAACCAGAACAUCCCAGCUCAACGUCGGCACGGCAGCCGACGUGUCCCUGAAGAUCGCGGAGACUGAUCUGAGCUCCCUGACUGCCAGCAUCAGAGCGCCGUCAGGCAACGAGGAGCCCUGCCUGCUCAAACGGCUGCCCAACAGACACCUCGGCAUCUCUUUCACCCCGAAGGAGGUCGGCGAGCACGAGGUGAGCGUGAGGAAGAAUGGGAUGCACGUGGCCAACAGCCCUUUCAAAAUAAUGGUCGGCCAGUCGGAGAUCGGCGAGGCCAGCCGAGUGAAGGCCUUCGGGAAAGGGCUGGUCGAGGCGCACACUUUUGAAAUGGCUGAAUUCUUUGUGGACACGAGGAAUGCCGGCUACGGCGGUUUGGCGUUGUCCAUUGAGGGUCCGAGCAAAGUGGAUAUAAACUGCGAAGACGUGGAGGACGGGACGUGCAGGGUGACCUACUGCCCCACAGAACCUGGGAGUUACAUCGUCAACAUCAAGUUUGCUGAAAAGCACAUCCCAGGAAGUCCUUUCACUGUGAAGGUGACCGGAGAAGGGAGGAUUAAGGAGAGCAUUACCAGGAAGAGACAGGCUUCCUCCAUCGCCUCAGUGGGCAGCACUUGCGGCCUCAACCUCAAGAUCCCAGGAAACUGGUUCCAGAUGGUUUCCGCUCAGGAGAGGCUAACCAGGACGUUCACCCGGAGCAGCCACACAUACACUCGCACGGAGCGCACGGAGAUCAGCAAGACCCGCGGCGGGGAGACCAAGAGGGAGGUGCGCGUGGAGGAGAGCACCCAGGUCGGAGGAGGAGGAGGAGGAGGAGGAGCGAGCCCCUUCAGAGACGUGUUCGGAGACUUUCUGGGCAGAGAGAGCCUCAGCAGCUUCGCCGGCAUCGCCGCCAGACCCGAGCCCGACAGCGGUUCUCAGGCCAUGACGGCGCAGGUGACGAGCCCCAGCGGGAAGACGGUGGACGCGGACAUCGUGGACGGAGGAAGCAGCACGUACAGCGUCCGCUUCAUCCCGCAGGAGAUCGGACCCCACACCGUGAACGUCAAGUACAGGGGCCAGCACGUGCCGGGCAGCCCCUUCCAGUUCACCGUGGGGCCGAUGGGCGAAGGCGGGGCCCACAAGGUCCGCGCAGGAGGUCCAGGCCUGGAGAGAGGCGUGGCUGGAGCGCCAUCCGAAUUUAGCAUCUGGACCCGCGAGGCCGGCGCCGGUGGCCUCUCCAUUGCGGUGGAAGGCCCCAGCAAGGCGGAGAUCUCCUUCGAGGACAGGAAAGACGGCUCCUGCGGCGUCUCGUACGUGGUGAAGGAGCCAGGUGACUACGAGGUGUCAAUCAAAUUCAACAACGAGCAAAUCCCUGACAGCCCGUUCAUCGUUCCGAUCGCUACGCUGUCAGACGAGGCCCGCAGGCUCACUGUGACGAGCCUUCAGGAGAAGGACCUGAAAGUAAAUCAGGAGGCCUCCUUCAUGGUGCAGCGCAACGGGGCCCGAGGUGUGGUCGAUGCCAAAGUUCACACGCCCUCCGGAUCAUCUGAGGAGUGCUACGUCAGCGAUCUGGACGGGGACAAAAGUGCAAUCCGUUUCAUUCCACGCGAGAAUGGCGUUCACUCCAUCGAUGUCAAGUUCAACGGGUGCCACAUUCCCGGAAGCCCCUUCAACGUACGAGUGGGCGAUCCGGGCCUGAUUGCCGACCCCGGUCUGGUGACGGCCCACGGAGCCGGGCUGCUGGGAGGAACCACAGGUGUGCCCUCGGAGUUCGUGGUCAACACCUGCAACGCCGGCUCCGGCGCUCUGUCGGUCAACAUCGACGGCCCUUCCAAGGUGAAGAUGGACUGUCGAGAGUGUCCAGAAGGCUACAGGAUCACAUACACGCCGAUGGCGCCUGGCAACUAUCUCAUCACCAUCAAAUACGGCGGACCGCAGCACAUAGUGGGCAGCCCCUUCAAAGCCAAAAUCACAGGCACCCGGCUGUCAGGGGGACACAGCCUCCAUGAGACCUCCUCCGUUUUGGUCGAAACUGUCACGAAGACCUCCAAAGUCGGCGGCGCCUACAGCUCGUCUUCCUCCGCCACCUCAGCCAAACUGACAUGCGACGCCAGCAAGGUGGUUUGUCGCGGAGCGGGGCUGUCCAAGGCUUUGGUCGGGCAGAAAAAUAACUUCACUGUUGACUGCAGCAAAGCAGGUACCAACAUGCUGAUGGUGGGCGUGCACGGACCCCAAGCGCCAUGCGAGGAGGUUUAUGUCAAACACAUGGGCAACAAGCUGUACAAUGUCACCUACACCGUCAAGGACAAGGGCAGUUACACCGUCAUCGUCAAAUGGGGCGACGAUAACGUCCCGGGGAGCCCCUACAAAGUGACUGUACCUUAAAAAAAAACCAAACUGCAAAAUGCAACAAUUUUAACUCCUCCGCUCCUUUCUGAUCAUCUGCAAAACAACGGUCAAGCUUCUUUGAGUCUUCAUGCGUGAAACACAAGGAAAAUCUUUGCUUGCAGCUUUAUUGAUGGUUGAAUAUGAAAUGUGCCAAAGUUUUUUUUUUGUUUAUUUUACACUGUGCUCCAAAUGAUUAUGCAAGUAAUAUUUUCUCAGAUUUUCUUAAAUGGUCAAUGCAAAUGAUGGUCAGUAUAAUUUUCAAGUCAUGAACUAUUACAGUAUAAAUCAAAUUUUAUACUGAACAAAGCUCCCCAUGAGAACAGUAUGCUUUUCAAAAAUUAAAAACUCAAAAUGCACUGUUCCAAAUUAUUAUGCACAGAAGAUGGAGUCCCAAUCUUUGCGUGUGUCACCACGUCCCAACACGGCUGUGACGUGGUGGCCAUCCACCACCAAUCCACUACUGGAUCCAUCUGGACCAUCCAGGGCUGCACAGCAGUCAUCAGUGACCAAGUCUGUUUGAAAAUUAAUCUUCAUGUACGGUUGGGCCCACUGCCACCGGUUCUGCUUGUGAUCUCUGGUUAGGGGUCCAAUAGUAGGUUGAUGCACCUCAAGCCUCUGGAGGAUCCUCCACCUUGAGGUUCCAGAGGCUCCAGCAGCUUCAAAUAACUGUUUGCUGCUUUAAGGGCAUUUUAACAGCUGCUCUCUUAAUCCGAUGAAUCUGUCUAACAGGAACCUUCCUCAUUCUGCCUUUAUCUGUACAAACCCAUCUUUGUUCUGAAUCAGCCACAAAUCUCUUCACAGUACGAUGAUAACGCUUCAGUUUUUGUUAAAUAUUUAAUGUUUUCAUACCUUGUCAUAUGCCACUACACUAUCUGAUGAUUUUCGUCAGCAGAUAUUCUUUCUCUUUCCCAUAUUGCUUGAAACCUGUGGUCUGCUUAAUAAUGUGGAACAUCCUUCUUAAGUAGAUUUCCUUUAAUUGAGCUCACCUGACAAACUCAUCAACCAGCUCUCUGAAAUUAAUUAUAGUGAUUCAAAGAACCCUGACACAAAAUACAUCUAUAAAUUUAAUAGCGCAACAAAAAAUGUGAUUUUUAUGAGACUUUAAUCCAAUUUGCAUAAUAAUUUGGAACAUGGUGUAUGAACUUCAGAAGUUGAGUAAUGCACUCAAAACGUAGCUAUGCAUCCACAUUUGCAGGAAUGUAGCCGUUACAGACUUCAUUAGAGGGCUGGAGUGAAGCUUGUUUAAUAAAAUAUUCUCUGUCUCGACUGUUUGUAGACAGAUGACAAAAUACAGAUGCUGAGACGCUGAAGUUAUUGAGGUAUUAAUGUGUGAUGUUAUGUGGUUUUUGUAUGGUUUAAGAAUGAAAGAUUGAUUUUUUUGUUGUUAACCUUUUUUGGUAAGUCUCUGAAGACCUAAUAAAGAUUUGUUUACUAACUUUC